AUGCAUCUAAAUGUCCCAGGGCUGCACUUGGCUCUCCCAAACACCUCGACAGGACCCCGACGGUCUAGACCUCCGGGCGCAGAGGUUGGCGCCAGUUUGGCGGAAUCCUCGACGGUAAAGGCGGCAGUAGGCACACAAGAUGUAUACUUUGUAGACUUUGAGCUUGAAGAUGUUUUGCUCGGGCUCACGCUUGGCGACGUGACAACUGUUGUGUCAGCCGAACUUGAUACCGGUGUGGAGGAGCAACGUUUGCUCGACGUCUUUUCACCGGACGAGGGGGAGAUGGUGGAAGGUUGUUGUUUACUGGAAUGUAGUGACGGCUGGCCGGACAAAGAGAUCACAACGGUUAACGUGCAACUGCCGCUGUUGACUGGUGACGUUGCUCCAGACGAGACCAUGCUCGAGCUUGCUGACUUGGAUGAGCUGGACGCACUUGAACUAUCGGCUUUUGAAGAGCCUAGGUUAGAGCUAGCUGGUUUCGACGAGCUGUAUCUUGAUAUGCUAAAGCUGGUAGAGUUUAAAGUUAACCUUACUAAUGUGAAAGAAGAAGGGAACGAGCUCGCUAGCGUAGAGAAGCUAGGAGGGUUCGAGCUUUUAAUGUACUAUGAGCUUCCUGGUACUAACGAGCUGUAUCUUGAUAUGCUAAAGCUAGUAGAGUUUAAAGUUAACCUUGCUAAUGUGAAAGAAGAAGGGAACGAGCUCGCUAGCGUAGAGAAGCUAGGAGGGUUCGAGCUUUCGAUGUACGAUGAGCUUCCUGGUACUGACGAGCUAGAUGGCAUUGGUUGA